UUGUUCAAUGACAAAAAGAACCCAUCCCCUUACUCUAAGGACGCUUUCGAAGAAUACUUGGUCCACGGAAACAAGAAGCUAUGUAACCCAGAACACAAGGGUUCUAAAGCCGGUGCCGUCUAUCACUUCAAGAACAUUCCAGCUGGUGAAUCUGUCACUGUCAGAUACAAGUUCACUAACGACUUCGAUAACACUAUCUUCCCAUCCAAGGACUUGGCUGUCAUUGACGAAGAUAUCUUCGACACCACUUUCGACAACAGAAAGGAAGAAGCUGAUA